AUGACCGCUCCCAUAACUCAACAACAAUCCGCGCAAGCCAAAGAUGCAGCCGCUGCAGCCUCGGUUCGCAAAAGGAGAAGACGCGCUCCCGCCGGUGGCGCCGCCGACGACUGCUUCACCUGCUCCAAGAGGAACGUAAAGUGUGACCGCAGGCGGCCCUACUGCUCACAAUGCCUCGAGAUCGGCAACGAGUGCUCAGGCUACAAGACUCAACUGACCUGGGGCGUUGGCGUUGCUAGCAGAGGCAAGUUGCGCGGUCUGUCUCUUCCCAUUGCAAAAGCACCUCCCGUUGCCGGAGUUGCAAAGAAGUCACCCUCGCGUCCCCGCGCAAACUCGACGGCCACCAGCGCAGGCUGGGCUGAUGCCGACGACAUGUCUCGGAGGAGUCCCCGUAACGAUGCCGGCUUCUCGCCAGAGCACGUCGUUUCGACACCCACAACACCCUACCCUCACAGCUACGACAUGCUCUCCAUGUCACAUCCCGAGCACACACCAUCGAUGACGGCGGGACAUUGGGGCAGCCUCCCGUAUUCAAAUAGCAUGCCGACGGAUGGUCCCAAUUACAGGAAGUUGGGUGCUCAUCUGGGACCUCUUCCCAUCUCGAACGCGCUAUCUUCCUCCCUCGAGUCUGUCAGCGAUGGCGAUUAUAUGUCACCCAUCAACCACUCUUACUCGAGAGACGACAUUCCCUUCCUCCACAGUCCCAACGUUAUGUACGACGGCUACAGCACCCACGGCUCGCCGGUCCCUCAAAGUCCCAUCUCAGCCAUUCUCAUUGACCAGAGAGCCCCGACAUCGUGCCCAAGCCUCGUGUACGCCCCAUCCGAACACAGCUCCAGUCUCACAUCGCACAUGGACAACUUAGAAAGCCAGUUGAGUCAGAAACUGAUGCGGGAGUGUGACACUCUGAGCGUACCCGAGAUGGAUGCAUAUAGCACGAGUUGCAAUUCCAACGGCCAUGUUUGGACCUCUCCCCCCCCGGAGGAGAUGUCACCGCACCAUUCAGAUCACCACGCUUCGGCUCAGUGGCCCACCAUGUUUGAGCCGCAGGCCGUCCACGUCAACUCCGACCUUAUUGCAAAGAUGCCCUUCUUCAUGGACUACUACAAGAACAUCAUGUGCCCGUCCAUGGUCUUCAUGGACGGGCCCGGCAACCCGUACAGAGAACAUAUUCUCCACCUGGCUUCAAGCAGUCAGAGCCUGCAGCACGCCAUUUGCGCCUUGUCCGCCUGCAACCUGCGGAUGAAGCGAAGACUUAGCCUGGGCCAGGACACGCGUGAACUCUCCGAGAAGCUCAUGGCCGAGAAGUCGACCGCCGAGUCGAUGGCGGACGCCCAACCCGAGGACCAGUCCCUCUCCGAGGAGUACCAGCACCGGAACCUUGCCGUCCAUCUCCUCAACCAGCAGCUCAACGACCCGGUCAAGUCCAGCCAUGACUCAGUUCUCGCAACGAUCCUUCUGCUCUGCCACUACCGCAUGGUGGAGUCAGGCAUCGCCAAGUUCCACACCCAGUUCGCCGGUGUCAAGAAGAUCCUUUCCAUGCGACGAUCGCAGAACCUGGCCCCUUCCCGCGACUCUGCGUGGAUGGAGGCCAUCUUUACCCACUUUGAUGCCAUCUCGGCCAGCAUCAACGACCGUGAGGCUCAGCUCAACUCUACAUUCUACGGCGUGAUGCCCGACGCUCAGCUCCUUCCUCCGGGUGCCGAGAACCUUCUCGGCUGCGACCGGGAGCUCUUCAAGACCAUUAGCAAGCUCGGCAGGCUCAACCUACUCUCACAGCACCGCUCGGUCCAGAACCUCGUCACCGGCCCCAUGGCCCGCAACAUCCCCUCACGCUCGGAGUCGCCCCUAAGCUCGCCCCUGGGUCACUCUUACAAGAGCAACGUCAACGGCCUACACCACCAGCAACUCGGUGACAUUUACAGCUUGCCCGGUCACCGUUUCGACGGCAACGGGUUCGGCUCGACCCUGGACGACGACGAGUUUGUCUCGUCGACCCUCUGCUCUUCGGCAACGUACGACGAUAACCGCAACAACUUUUGGAGAGAGUGGAAGGAUGCUCGCCUCGCCCUUCAAAGCUGGGAGUUCGACUCGGCCCGAGUCCACGCGUCCCUCCCCUCCCCCGCGACCCCUGCUCAGGUCAGGGACCUGGGCUCCCUGUCCGAGGCGUUCCGCUACGCCGCCCUGCUGUACACGGAGCGCCUGGCCUCGCCCAACGUCCCCUCGACGCACAGCAACUUCCAGAACCUUGUCUCCCAGGUCGUCUACUACGCCACGAGCCUUGAGGCCGGCAGCCAGGCGGAGAAGUUCCUCCUGUGGCCGCUCUUCGUUGCGGGCAGCGAAUGCGUCAACAAGCUCCAGCAGAACAUUGUGCGGAGCAAGUGCCGCGACAUUAUGGCGCGCUCGGGUUACAUGAACAACCUGGCCGCUCUCGACGUGCUGGAGAGGCUCUGGGCGGGCGAGUGGAAGGAUAGCGAGCCUCGGAGCCCGGCAGCUGUCAAGCUUGAGGCGAUGCGCCGGGGCCCGUUCAACUGGACCAGGUGCAUCGGAGGUCCCGGUGUCGAAGUGGAGUGGAUCAUGUUUUAA